GUGAUAGAAUCUCUUGCAGCGAAAACAAGAUUCGAGUUGAUUGCUUUAUUUUCGACAUGUGACUAACGAUUUCCUUUUUUUUAGCUAAAAUUCUGUCAUUAGUCAUUUGAAAGCAGCUUGAAUAGAAGAACGUAACUUCUAACGGCCCAGCUCUGGAGCCUCCGAUUUCAACCGGGACCCCGGUCCAACUUUUGGACCAAUGGGAGGUUUAUGAAGAUAGUAAUUCAGGAAGGAGAUUCUAUGUCCACUCCAUCAGCAAAGAGAGAACAUGGAAACCACCACGGUCUUUCCCACCGAAAAGAGAUGUGAAGAUGACAUCACAGUCAGAAUCUUCCAAUGCAAAUCUAAUUUCACCCACUGGAAAGACGGGAGCUGUUCAGAUGAGGAUCAAGAAUGCUAACGCGCAGCACGACAGGUUGUCCCAAACGAAAUCUAUGAUCCUUGAGACCUCCGUAGAAAUCACUAAACCAGUAUCUCGUCACAGAAGGAACCAUUCCCAACAUUAUAUUUCUGAUAAGAUUGUAUCAAAGGAUAUGUUGGUAAAUAAAAAUAAAGAAGGGGUCUUAAAUAAAACCAAAAUAACGGAUAAAGGAAAGAAAUUAAGAAAGAACUGGACUGCAUCAUACGCCGUGCUUUCUGACCACAAGCUGGAGUUCCUGAAAGAAUCCAAAGAGCAAGCCGCGUCUGGUUUGAAAUCAACCACUAAUCCAGAGGUGAUAGAUUUAUGGGGCGCUCAAGUCGAGUGGGCAAACGAGAAAUCCAGCCGAAGAAAUGUGUUUCAGAUCACAACUUCAUCGGGAAACGAGUUCCUCCUUCAGUCAGACGAAGACGUUGCUAUAGUGGAAUGGUUUGAAGCUAUCAAAAACACAAUCGACAGUUUGGGGACGAAACAACAGUUUACGCCACUGGGUAUUAAUCUUCAGAAAUCAUCAAGUACUGAACUUUUGAAUCUUGCAGAUGAAGCAAAAGAGAAAAAGAAUGAACACAGAAAAUCACUGAUAUUUAAAUUAAACUACAGCGCAUCAGACACCUCUGACAGAAACCGCGUGAAGACCAGAUUAAAAAAAUUUAUUUCCCGCAGACCAUCGCUGAAAACCCUGCAAGAGAAAGGACUUAUUAAAGAUCAAGUAUUUGGUUGCCACCUUGAGACCCUUUGUAAACGUGAGAACACAACAGUACCACACUUUGUAAAACAAUGUAUUGAAGCCAUUGAAAAAAGAGGAUUGGACGCCGACGGCAUUUACAGAGUUAGCGGCAACUUAUCUAUAAUACAGAAGUUGAGAUUCAUUGUAAACCAGGAAGAGAAGCUGAAUUUGGACGACAGCCAGUGGGAGGACAUUCAUGUUGUCACCGGUGUACUCAAGAUGUUUUUUCGAGAGCUGCCUGAGCCUCUGUUCCCAUACUCCUUCUUUGAACAGUUUGUAGAAGCAAUAAAAAUUCAAGAAAAUGACCUGCGUGUGAAAUCUAUUAGGAACCUCGUAAAGAAGCUGCCCCGACCUAACCAUGACACCAUGAAAACCCUCUUUGAACAUCUCAGAAAGAUCACCAUCGGGGCGUCUGUGAACCUAAUGUCAACACAAAGCUUAGGAAUUGUAUUUGGACCCACACUCCUAAGGCCUGAAAUGGACAAAGGAAACAUGGCAGUAUGCAUGGUUUAUCAAAACCAGAUCGUUGAGCUGAUGUUGAUGGAAUAUGAAAAUAUCUUCUGUUAAACAUCUUACAUUUUUUUUAGUAAAUUAAUAUUGCAUUUAAAAAAAAAAAGUACUGGUAUUGGCAUUUAAUGACCAAAAAAUUGGGUUGUAACCAUACCCUCUGGACUAGAUGGUUCUAGAAUGAACCCCAAUAGUAUGAGAUAAUGAGGCCGUAGUUUUUUUUUCUAAUGACUUCUCAGGUACAAAUGUACAUACCGUCUGAAUUGAAAACGUGUUACAUGUCUAAUAUUUGUACAGAGAGAACUUUCAGCAAUUUGUUAUUUCAUUUGUACUUUUUAAUAUCGGUUUUCUGGUUUACGAGUCCACGUUCUUGUCUGACGUUCAUAGAGUAAAGGUUUUCUGUAAGGGGGUAUAGUCAUUCACCUGGGGCAUAUGUAUUUACGCAAGGGUAAUAUAUCUGGGGUAAAAUAUAAUAAUAUUCUGUGAUAUGUCAACAGACCUCUUUUUUUUCAUAUUUUCCAAAUAUAUUUCUACAUUUAAGCAUUUAUAUGGUACAAACACAUCAAUAUUUUUUUUUGUUAUAAAUAAUAAACUUGUUUUUGGCAUUU